AUGGGUCCUAUCGGUCGAUCAGGUCCCCCUCCGGGCGUCAUGGGUGACGAAAAGACCGGCAACAAAUUGCGCCGGAAGAUGAACCAUGUUAAGCGCAAGAGAGCCAAAGAUGCUGCGCGCCGAGCCGAGCGUUACGCCUUCAAGAAAGAGGAAGCCAAAAACCCCAAGCUCAAGGCAGAGCGUCUCAGUCGCAACAUUCCUUUGACUUUGGAACGGAAGCGUGUCUGGAACGACGCCGACAACGACGCCGACGAGACUGGACUGGGAUUGAGUGUUGACGUUGAGCGCAUCAAGCGCGCCAAGCAGGAAGAGGAGGAUGAGCUCAACCGACCAUUGGAGGAGGGAGAGGACGACAGCGAGGCUCCAGACUCAGACAACGAGUCCGUCGACAGUAUGCUGCAGUCUGAUGCCAGCGACGACGAGGAAGAAGAAGAAGAGAAGGAAGAAAAGGAUGCCAAUCGCGGCCGAAAGAAGUCACUCCCCACUGCCACAGAGCGCGCCACAAGUCCUACCCAGUCCACUCGCAGCACAAACCUGGGCCUCGCCCCCGAAGCGUUGGCUGCCAAAUUCCCUACACUCUUCACCGACGGUCCUCCACCCACCCCGAAAAUCCUCAUCACCACCGGCCUUAACUCCACCCUUCACGAAGAAGCCGAGAUUCUCACUGAAAUGUUCCCCAACAGUGUGUAUAUCCGACGCAAUGCGCACCGAUACUCGCACAAGUUCUCAAUUCGCGAAAUCUCCAAAUUCGCUGCCAACCGCAACUUCACAACGGUCAUCGUAUUGAACGAAGAUCAGAAAAAGCCAAGCGGCUUGACCAUGGUGCAUCUGCCCAUCGGCCCUACCUUCCACUUCACUAUCAGCAACUGGAUCGAGGGCAAGCGUCUUCCGGGACACGGCCGAGCCACCGAGCACUGGCCCGAACUGAUCCUUAACAACUUCCGCACCCCCCUCGGUCUUCUCACUGCGCACUUGUUCCGCACUCUGUUCCCGCCACAGCCCGAAUUUGAGGGCCGACAGGUUGUUACGCUUCACAACCAGCGUGAUUACAUCUUCGUUCGUCGUCAUCGCUACGUCUUCCGUGAGAAGCGUGAGACCGAGAAGGCUGUCGUUAAUGCCGAUGGAAAGGAAAUGACUGGUGCUGAGGGCAUCCGUGCUGGUCUCCAGGAACUCGGACCUCGCUUCACUUUGAAGCUGCGUCGUGUUGAUAAGGGCAUCCAGCGUGCCAGUGGACAGGAGUGGGAGUGGAAGGGUGGAAUGGAGAAGAAGAGAACUCUGUUCCAGCUGUAA